AUGCUCUCACGUGUUGCUGCUGUGAAGGCACCCCGCACACACAACCGUCGCCGCGUGACCGGAUCCAGCGGAAGGAGGAGGGAAGGAAGAGAGAGUGAGCCGCAGAGGCCCAAAAUGUCCCGGCAUGUGUUUACUUCCGCGGUGCUGCUCCUUCUUUUUUUCGUGAUGAUGUGCUCUGGCAGUGGAGCUGCGCACGCUGUGGAAAGUAAUUUGAGGGAUGCGCAGAUGCCGCAAUGGGUUGAUAUUUUUGUGUCGGGCAAGACGCGGGUGCUGGCAAAGGAUGGGACUGAAGUCGGAGUGAAGGAUUCGUUUGGCGUAGCCUCUCCUGUCAUUGCUGGCGGAGUGAUGGCUGUGGCUACUACCGGCGGUUUUUUACGUGAUCCUGUAAUAUACCUUUAUCAAACUGAUAUUCUUGCGGAGUACUUCAACCCUGCGUGGGAUUGGUCGUUCCUUGCCGCUAAGGUCAGUAAGGAUACAUGGAGAGCAUACACUGUGUUUCAUACAGCGAAUGAAACGGAACUUGUGGGUGUUGCGCGCCUUCCGGCAACCAUUGGGAAGGGCAAUAAGGUGUUUCUCCUUGUGGGAAGCUAUGAACAGAAGUAUGACGGCGCCACGAAGAAGUGGACGACGGAUGGCAAGGAUAUCAAACUGAUUGUGGGUGAUGCCAAGCCGUCCACGGACAGAAGGGAGAGUGGAACGAUCAUCUGGGGCGAUCCCACAUCGCUGUUACAACAGCUCACCCCACAGACUCAAACGGAGUUGAAGAACCUUGAACCCUCUGGUGGCGCUGGUGUUCUGAUGGAGAAUGGCACUCUCGUCUUUUCUUUGUCGGGGCCUAAUGAAAAGGGUGAACGUUCCAACAGGAUCACUUAUUCGACGGACGAAGGCAAAACCUGGGUGUUUCCGGCGGGUACGCCCCCUGCGCACUGUGUUGGAAUCAGCAUCACCGAAUGGGAUAAAGGACAAAUUCUCAUGGUUGCUGAAUGUGCGGGUGGUCGCAAGGUGUACGAGUCGCUUGACAUGGGGAGAACGUGGACGGAGGCUGUCGGGACGCUCCCAGGCGUGUGGAUCAACUCCCGAUCAGGAGCUCGUUGGGCUAUUGAUUUGUCUGUGGGAUCCCUCACCACGGCGACCAUUGAGGGAGUGAGGGUCAUGCUGUACACUCAUAAAAGAUACCGCACUUUGGAGAAAAGGGAGAAGGCGCUCUACCUUUGUGUCACGGACAACAGCCGCAUGUUUUAUCUUGGACCGAUUUAUGUGGAGAGUUCUUUGAGUGAGACAGUUUCCAACACCUUGCUGUACUCGGAGGAUGCGUUGCAAAUUGCAAGAUUUACGUAUACAGGAACCAGCAAGGCCAUUUCGCUUGCCCGCCUAACAAAGGAACUGGAGACAAUCAGGUCUGUCCUCAGUACUUGGAAAAAGCUGGAUGCCUCCUUCUCCGCUUCGUCCACACCCACGGUUGGUCUGGUUGGAUUCCUGUCCGACGCGGCCAGUGGUGACACGUGGCUUGACGAUUACCGCUGCGUGAAUGCAAACGUGACGAAGGCAGCGAAGGUCCACAACGGUUUUAAAUUUAUGGGGCCUGGGUCCAAGGCAACAUGGCUCGUCAACAGCUGGGAGGAAAAUACUUACUACAGCUUUGUGAACGACGAUUUCACUAUUGUGGCGACGGUGCUUAUCCACCAGGCUCCGAGUGAGAGCACUCCUCUGCUGGGUGCGAGUCUGGGAGACACUGACGGCACGAGGUUCAUUGGGCUUUCGUACGAUGCGAACGGUAAGUGGGAGACAGUGUUCAACGGCACCAAAGCAGUACAGGACAGCAAUUGGGUGCCGGGGAAAGAAUACCAGGUGGCGCUGACGCUUCAGGGCGGCAAGAAGGGCUCCGUGUACGUGGAUGGUGAGCUUGUGGGGAGCUCGGCGACGUUACCAACACCUGAGACGCGGGGGAAUGAAAUCUCACACUUCUACAUUGGUGGAGCCGAGGGAGGCAGCGACAGCGAUCUGACGGUGACGAACGUCUUUCUGUACAACCGCACACUGAGUGACGAGGAAAUAAAAAUGGUCAAGAAGAGAGAGGACUCCGUGCGUGGGGGCGCGUCUCGGGUGCUCCCGCUGCUUCUGCUGGGGCUGUGGGGCAUUGCGGCCCUUUACUGA